UAAUCCACCUCCAUUUGCCAUAAUAUUUCAAAACAAGUGAUCAUUUAAGGAAAGAAACAAUUCAGAUUUAGAAAAAAGAAAAUGGCAGAAAAUGGUGAGAAGGCAGAAAAUCAAGCAGGCAGGCAUCAAGAAGUUGGGCACAAGAGCCUUCUCCAAAGCGAUGCCCUCUACCAGUACAUUCUUGAAACCAGUGUUUAUCCAAAGGAGCCGGAGUCAAUGAAAGAGCUUAGGGAAAUUACUGCUAAGCACCCUUGGAAUAUUAUGACUACAUCAGCGGAUGAAGGGCAGUUUUUGAACAUGCUUUUGAAGCUGAUAAAUGCGAAAAACACAAUGGAGAUUGGUGUUUACACUGGCUACUCUCUCUUGGCUACUGCCCUUGCUCUUCCACAUGAUGGAAAGAUAUUGGCAAUGGACAUAAACAAAGAGAACUAUGAGUUGGGAUUGCCUGUGAUUCAGAAAGCUGGGGUUGCCCACAAAAUUGACUUCAGAGAAGGCCCUGCUUUGCCUGUUCUUGAUCAAAUGAUUGCUGAUGGCAAGUAUCAUGGGACAUUCGAUUUCAUAUUUGUGGAUGCUGACAAAGACAACUACAUCAACUACCACAAGAGGCUAAUUGAUCUGGUCAAGGUUGGUGGUGUAAUCGGCUACGACAACACCCUGUGGAACGGAUCCGUGGUGGCCCCACCAGAUGCACCAUUGAGGAAGUACGUUAGGUACUACAGGGAUUUUGUGCUUGAGCUCAACAAGGCUCUCGCCGCCGAUCCUAGGAUCGAGAUCUGCCAGCUGCCGGUGGGUGAUGGGAUUACCCUGUGCCGCCGCAUCAGCUGAUUGGGGCCGACUUUAUUAAAAAUAUUAUUGUUAUGCUAAAUAUUGGAUUUCCUUUGUCUCCCAUUGUUAUAUUCUGUAAUUGUAUUGGUAUUGGACUAUUUGUAUCUCUUCACAAUGUCGGUUAAUUAUAAAAACAUCUAAUUUACCCAAGUGGAAAUAUAAAAGGUUUUCUUCGAGGUA